AAGCAAUGUAAAAAGGAACCUAAUGUUAGUCAGUUAUUUGUAUGCUUAUGAACCAAAAAAAAGUUAUUGUUUCUAAAGCAAAUCCCACUACCAUAAUAUGCUUUUCCCUUCUUUUAAUCCCACUUUCUCUUUUGUAUCGUUAAGUUUAGCAUCUCCAGGCCUUCUUCACUAAGAAAAUCAUAUCAAUACAUACCCUGUCAUAUUUUCCAGAAAACAUUCAGCACAAGUCAAAGAAACAGAGAUUGAGAGGAAACUGCUGGUUUCAAAUAGGAUAAUAUUUUGUUCUAAUAUUGUAUCCGUUUACCAAAUCUGUUCCUAUCUACGGACACUAAUGGGUGCUGACUGGGGACCAGUGGUGGUGGCGGUAGUGCUGUUCAUCCUCCUAUCACCAGGGCUGCUCUUCCAGUUGCCGGCGAGGGCAAGGGUGAUCGAAUUUGGCAACAUGUAUACAAGUGGGAUUUCCAUUCUGGUUCAUGCAAUCUUGUAUUUUGUUAUUUACACUAUCUUAAUUGUUGCAGUUGGAGUGCAUAUACAUGCUGGUUGAUUAUAUGCUCAAUGAUACAAGAAAUUACUUCAAAUUUAAGUUCCCUUUGUAUUCCCUUCUUUUAUAAUAACUUUUUUUUUUCUUUGGUAAA